CCCUACAAGUAUUUGUAUUGAUAAACAUAGUAUGCCAAAAGUAAAUAGUUCAUAAAAUGGAAGAACUGCUAAAUGUUGAGAUAAAAAGUGAAAGUAGGAGCCGGAUGGACGACAACGCGAGUACCCCGCUCCAACAGCUCGACGAGAACGACGACACGCCGCUGCGCUAUGAUGUGAACGCUUGCCCAGACCCCCCCGGCUUUUCGGCCACUGGCAAUGGGAAUGGAUGGGAAAGCGACCACGACGAUGUGGGGAUCCCAUCCAUUCCUCGUACUCCACGAAGUGACCUGACAGUGCCAAAUAGUCCAACCAUCGCCAUCAAAGCAGAGCCGGAGAUUCCAGUUGUCAAGACAGAACACGAUACAUCAUUCCUGGACGUGCUAUUCGAUGAUGUAGAUAAGAUGGGAGGCACCGCUACCUUCGAUGGUAUUCCAAGUGUUUUCAGCAAAAAGGAGGAAAUUAACGACAUGGACUUGGAACCGCCCCAAGCAGUUGUAAAGGUGGAGGAGCCUGAAGGUACAGAAAGCCUGGAAGAACUUGAAGCGAUCCGCAGAACGCGUGAGAAGGAGUUGCAAGAGUUAGAAGAUAUACACGAGACAGAAGAAACGCAUACGAAGAAGAAGAGGAAACGAAAGCGCAAGAGGGAUUACUAUGGAAACAAUAUUUCGAUCGAUGAUAAUCAAAAGGAAAAUAAUCACACCUCACGGGACAGUAAACGCACAAGCGAAGAACACCAAAGGGACCGUAAGCGCACAAGGGAAGAGCACCAAAGGCGCCAAAGCGAAGACUAUCCUGAGGACAAAAAACGCCAGCGGGAAGAAUAUCCAAAGGACAAUAGACGCCAGCGCGAAGACUAUCUUGAGGACAAUAAACGCCAGUGCGAAGAUCAUCCAACGACCAAUAGACGGGAUCGCGAAGACUAUCCAAGGGACAAAAGACGCCACCACGAGGACAUUCACAGGUACAAAAUACGUCACCACGAGGAUAACCAAAGAGAUAAGCGCAAACGCGAGGAUAAUCAAUGGGACAGUAGACGCGAUUAUGAAGCUAAAUACAGCGACAAUAGAGGCCCCCGUGAGCAUAGUCAAAGGAGCAGUAAACGCCUAAGCGAGGAACCUGAAAGGCACAGUGGACGCCGAAGCGAGGAACAUCAAAGGGACAAUGAACGCACACGCGAAGAUAACGAGACUGAAUUUCGAGCCCAUCGUGAUGCCACGAUAAGAGUAACUGCAUCUAAUGGCCUGCCGCGGAUUGCAGUCAUCAAAUUGGAGCCGAGGGCCGCUGCGAAUGCAGAUUCGGAUGAGGAGUGGAUCUAUGUUCGAGACGACGAGAGACAGAUCAAAGUUGUGAAUCCGGAUAAGUUGUUCCAGCCAGAGCAGGGUAAGGCCGUUGCGGCGGCGGCAGUGAAACCAGAGCCAGAACCCGAGACGCUGACAAAACGAGAAAAGAUCAACUUGGCCAUAGGCCGUGCCAAGAAAGUGCUCGAGCUCUACAAGCGAAAGAAAACAAACGCCCAGGAAGACGAGUUCCUUAUGGUGAACACCAUACACAAAGUGCCCAAAAGCAACUGCUUUAUGACACAAGAGGAGUUCGAGAAUCCCUCGCCGAUAUGCAAUAACCAAAAUGUGAUAUAUGAGUUCAAUUCGACGCCAGGAACACAGAUUGAUUUGGCUAAAUGGGGAUUGGAAACUGUGCCCAAUAGCACCAGGGAUCUGCUUCGGCUGCUGUCCUACGAUGUGGAUCAUCUGAAACAGGCUCGGCUCAAGGCACAGCCCAGCCAGCGCAUUCUCAAGCUGAAACAGGAGCAGCUCUUCAAUGCACCAUCCGAAGCGGAGGAAUGCGACCCAGCUUCCCUUCUAAGAACUACCUCAACCCAAACUGACCGCAGGACCCACACGGAAAGCGUUGGUACUCAGGUCAAUCUACAGGACCAGAUAACAGGGGUCUACUGGCAUGAUCCAGACUUUGACAUGACCUUGUUGACGGCGGACCAAACAAAUUUGACACUUAAUCUUCAAAAGAUCACUCGCACCCUGCCAUCUCCCGCAUUGGCAGAGAAAAUCCUGAUUGUGCUUCAAUCUGUUCUGGAUAUACAGCGCGAAUUUUACCAGCGCUAUGGAGGAAAUUAAGCAAUGAUUCUCAUUUCAUUUCAUUCUUUGUAUAAUUCGUAAUUCGUACAUAGAGAAACCAAAAAUAUAUAUAGCAUCGAAGUGCCUACUGUUACUG